GAAGUGAGUGGAUUUGGUCAAUUAGGAAUUUACGAAUCUAACAAGUUCGCAAAUGUGUGGUAUUUACGCGUCGAUAUCCACGCGAGGAUUGCAAACUCCGAGUCAUGCUUUGAAACACUCUCUUUGCGACAGAGGUCCUGAUCACACAGGUUUGUCACAGUCAAAUUACACUUCAAGUGAUGGAACACAAUACUUCUUAUCUUUUUUAUCAACUGUUUUGGCCCUGAGGGGAGAUCAUAUCACUCCACAGCCAUUUGGUGGUUCAAUCGGUGUUGACGCGUCUACUACCAACUCUGGCUCAAUCCUUUGCUGGAAUGGUGAGGCAUGGAAGGUUGGUGGCGAACUCGUCAAUGGUAAUGAUGGCCAAGUCAUAUAUGAGAUGCUUGUAAAAGCUGUUUCAACAACUACCUCGGCAUCAGAUGCGACACUUGCUGUGGCUAAGAGUUUACGAAGCAUUUCUGGGCCGUUUGCAUUUGUCUUCUGGGAUAGUUUUCACGGCUCAAUAUAUUGUGGCCGGGAUCGCCUUGGUCGCAGAUCUCUCCUUUACAAUGUUGAUAAUGGAUCCGGAGAUCUGGGACCAUCUGGAUCUAUAGAGCUCGCAAGUACAGCGGAUCCCGCCAGAGGCGAUUGGAAAGAAAUUGAAGCAGAUGGCAUUUACAAAUUCUCAUGUGUUGAUAAGAAUAAAUUUCCUUUAUCGACAUCUGAUUCACAGGAUAACUUUCUCUCGAGAUCACUAUUGCCAUAUCAAAAGUUCGAUUGGGAGGAUCCAGAGGCUGAUUCGUCGGCUCCUUCACUUGGCAAGUUCAACAAAACUAUUGAAGAUAAAAGUCGUAUACUCGGCCUUGAUUCCCCAUCAGUGGUGUCUUUACGGCAUUAUCUAUGUGAGUCUCUGAAACCUAGGAUCUUGACUAUUCCUACUCCUCCAAGUAUAGGUCACUCUCAAAAUGUCAGGCUUGCGAUUUUGUUCUCGGGUGGACUUGAUUGCACAGUCUUGGCAAGAUUGGCACAUGAUUUAUUACCAUCAGAUCAAGAGAUUGAUCUCCUCAAUGUUGCAUUUGAAAAUCCUCGUGUCAUUAAAGCUGCACAAACCGGACCUCGGCUGAAGAAAGGGGCACAACCUCCGCCUCCGGAUACAACUCAAAUACUGGAUGAGAAAGUUUCUCCAUAUGAGCUCUGUCCUGAUAGAGAAACGGGGAGGAAAGCUCAUCAGGAGCUUCGAAGUGUUUGUCCUGGAAGAACAUGGAGAUUUGUUGCAAUAAAUGUUCCUUACACAGAAACGAUGGAUCACAGGUCAAAAAUUGUAGACUUGAUACGUCCACAUAAUACCGAAAUGGAUCUAUCAAUAGCAUUUGCCUUAUACUUUGCGUCCCGUGGUGUUGGUUUAGCAUCGCAGGCUACUGACACAGAGGAAAUCCUGUACACGACACCUGCGCGUGUUCUUCUUUCUGGACUUGGCGCAGAUGAACUGUUCGGUGGUUAUACACGACAUGGAACCGCAUUUAAUCGGAAUGGUUUUUCUGCUCUCUUAGACGAACUAGAAUUAGAUGUGAAUAGACUGGGUAAACGUAACCUCGGUCGAGAUGAUCGUGUAAUUUCACAUUGGGGAAGAGAAGCCCGGUUCCCAUAUUUGGAUGAAGACUUAGUCAAGUGGGCUGUCGAGUCUCCUAUAUGGGAUAAAUGCGGUUUUACAUCUGAAUCACGAGACCCUGAGACACCAGAUAUAGAGCCUGGUAAGAAAGUAUUAAGGCUCUUGGCUUAUGACUUGGGUAUGAAAUCAGUUGCUACUGAGAAAAAACGUGCUAUACAAUUCGGUGCCCGAACAGCAAAGAUGGAAAUUGGACGAACAAAAGGGACUACAUUGAUUCCAUAACAUUUUUCACACAUGGGAAUUAAUUUCAUUCAAAUAUCCUCUCAAACUUCCUCUCAAACUUCUUUCCAUUUUCACAUCCUCCGUCGGCUAUGAUGAAAAACCAGAUACUGCUGAAUCGUUUAGUGUGCCAACGGGAGCUCAUUCAGUUGUGAUUUUCUUCUCGCGUGUUUAAAUCUUGCAUUUAUGUAAAGUUGGUAACCAGAGAGAAAUCAUAGGAUGCCGUUGGAUUCAAACACGGACGUUUAUGAAGUAGUAAAGGCAAGCCUGAGCCAACGUAUUUCUUAUAUGAUUUCUCACAUAUAAGAAAUACUAUCAAAUCUCUAGAUUCUCUUUAGAGACAUAAUCAUGUGUGGAAAUAAAUUAAAGAUUGUAAUCGGAAGUCUUGGGCUCGAAGUGCUUGAUUCAUGACUAUUUCGUUUGGAAUUUUCCGAAUUGAUAUUUUCCAAGAAAUACCACCGAUAGAUGAGAAGUUCAACUGAAUUAAAGAUUAAUUCAAUCCUAUGCAUUUCUUCUAUGCAAUUAAUAAUUACUCGCUACUCCUAUUUCUCCAACACCCCAUAUUCCCUAUUCUAUUUUCUUCAUUUCACCAUCUUCAAAAUUUGGCAAAACUUAGCCCAGCAAUCUUAAUUUUCCGCACUCUCCCCAAUUCCGGAAGGCACUACCUGCCCCCCUCUUCCUUCCCUCUAUCACCACACCUUCCAUUCCCACCUCUCCCACACUCCUCAAUAUAAAUUCCAAUAGCUCAUUCCCCUCGCCCUGUGUCUAUGGCGCAGUGGCACAAUAAAUGUUAAAUUCGUCAUACUUUUACAUUUCUGCAACCAAGGGGAGUAGACCGUCGUGAGAUGCAGAUACCUACUAGAGGGGCCCGCUAGUAGGUAUCUGUGGAGUUUCUUGUGUUGCGUGGGGUUUGUGGAAUAUCAUAUACAUAAAUGGGCAAUUCGUCAUACUUGCACAUUUAUACAUUAAUAUAUGUAUAGUUACUAAGCGGAUUGGAAUCUUCGGGUGGGUGUUGUGGAUUUGAUUCGUGUGGGGAUUUAGAGAUAUAAGGAUGUACAUCGGACGCGGUGGAACCUUUUUGGAUAGUUUGUGGGUGGGGAUUGGGAUGGAUUCCUACAGUUUCUUUUUCAGUUUUUUGAUGGGAAAUUGGUUGAUAGAUGGAUUAAAGUGGAUGUGUUGUAUGGGUAGGUGGUCGAUUUGAAAAGAAUGAGGAAGAGGAAGGCACAAGGAGUGAGGAGUGACGAGUCAAAAUGAAGGUACGAUUGCAUGGUCAUCGGCAAGGAGUAUAUCAAUGUGAAAUGUCAGUUUCAGGAAUUUGUUAUGUUUCAUCACACCUCUUGACUUUCAGUUGUUUCUUUAGUUUCUUGGUAUAUAUAUGUGUGUGUGUACGUGUGUUCACAUACAUAUUUUAACACAUCAACACAUCCACGAUUCAAAUCUGCUCAAUCCUUCAU